GCAGCAGCAGCAGCAGCGGGCGGCACCAGCGGCAGCAGCAGCAGCAGCCAGCAGUGUCGAGUCGAACGUGUUGGUGGAAGGGUGUGCGCGCGCUGCCUCCGAGCCCCCACGACCUCCAGUGUUGUGCCCAGGAUGUACCAUGACCCCCGCUGACCUGACCCCCAGCGGCGCGGGGCCGGCAAAGCAUCACCAAUAUCACCACAUCCACCACCACAACCACCACCACAACCACCAAAUAGAGCAUCACCACCACCACCACCACCGCCAGCAACAGGAGCAGGAAGACUAAACAGUAGAACAGCGGCGAGGAACAGCAGAAGGGGCAAGGCCAGGAGGUGGAGGAGGAGCAGGAGAGGACGAGGAGGAGGAGGAGGAGCAGGGUGUGAUGUGGCCCCUCAACCCCUUGCCCGCCCACUGCCCGGCUCCCCCCCACCCCCGCCUUGCUGCCACACUUCUGCUGACCACACUACUGAUUGCAGGCGUGGGCGGGGAGUGCGGCUUCACGGCGUGCAUUGACCAGUACGUGGCGGCGGGCGUGGAGGAGGGCCCCACUCCGGCCUUCUGCGUCCUGGCGGCCAGCACCUCGGACUGCAUGGCGCCGCUGUCCAGCUCCUGCCGCAGCUACAUCCCCUACGAGACGCAGCGCCGCAUGCUGGACAACCUCAUGAAGCGACACGACUGCGCCACCAUCCUCGCCACGCACCACCCGCCCCCCGCCGCCCCUGACGGCGCCCCCCCGCCCGCCGCCGACGAGUGCCAGUACCGGGGGACCGCUGCGCCCGCCCACUGCGGCCUGUUCGGCGACCCGCACCUCAAGACCUUUGGCGGUGCCUACAUGACUUGCGGCGUGGGCGGGGCGUGGCCGCUGCUCAACACGCCCGCGCUGGCCGUGCAGGUCACCAACGAGCAGGUCGGCCCCGACAACCACGCCACGGCCACCACCAAGGUGACGGUGCUGGUGAAGGAACACGGGUCCUGCGGGGGGGAGCGCACGUACGAGGCGUCGGCGGAGGCGCUGCCGCGGGCCUUCGUGGACGGCACCACCUGGACGGGCGGCUCCGCGUCACGCCCGCACACGCAGGUACAGGAGCGCGUCCCCGGCGAGCACGUCCUCAUCACCGUCGCCUACAUCAACGCCACCGUCGCCGUCAGGAAGAUCGAGAAGUACCUGACGGUGCAUGUGACGCUGCCGGAGAGCGAGGUGGGUGAGGGCGAGGAGAUGCAGCUGUGUGUGGGGGGCUGCCCGGACAACGAGAGGCUGCCCACGGCGCCGCCCCCGCCCGUGGCCUCCCCCGCCAUGGCCAAGUCUCAGGCCGUGAUUCUGUGCAAGGAGUACAACAUGACGGACUACUACCUGGACUCCUGCAUCUUUGACCUCAUGGCCACGGGUGACAAGAGCUUCCGGGUGGCGGCCCUGACGGCGCAGCGCGACCUGUGGGAGCACGACCCCGUCGGGGCCCAGCGGCUGCUCCUCAACUGCUCGGAGCCGCCCUGCGUGUGGGAUGUCUCUGCUGCCCACAUCUCCGCCUCGCCGAGUCUCGCGCUGCUCCUUGCGGCCCUCGUGCUGUUGGGCGGCGCGCGUCGGGCCGGGCGGUGAGCGGUGGCGGCUGAGUGGCGCACCGGCCCGGAUGGUGCUGCUUCAGGGGCGGACCUGCGGCUGUUUGAGGCAAUGACUCCACGAGGGUUGUCCUCAAACACUUGUGGACCACCUCGAGUGGUGGGACCUUGAGGAGGAGGAGGGGAAGGAGGAGGCAGGUUAGCAGGCAUCCCUGGAGUCACCCUCCCCUGCCGGAGGCACGCCGACACGAGGCGGCAGGCCCCGACGGGGAGUGGCCUGAGCCUGGGCUGGCAGGGACAUGGCCACCCACGGAGCGGGGCGGGGCGGGGCGGAGACGGUGAGGGCGCGACAUGAACCGCGAGGUCAAGGUGCCGUGACCACGAGGGCCGCGUCCCCGAGACGUUGGCGCGGCGGUGUAAAUACUGUACAUAGUCUUGGACCAGCGGGGGGCGUCCUGCCUCCCCUGGCGUGUGUGUGUGUGUGUGUGUGUGUGUGAGAGAGAGAGAGAGAGAGAGAGAGAGAGAGAGAGAGUGUGUGUGUGUGUGUGAGAUGUAAUUAUUUGCUCUUAAAAGUUUCCUAAAUUAAAAGUUUUAACUUUGAACACUGUAUCUAUUAGUGUUGUUUGUACCGAAUGAGGAGUUAUGUAAGUACGUACGUACGUACGUUAGUGAUGUACUUUUACAAGCACCGAGAUUCACUCAAAGACAAGCGUAGGUAAUUAUAACAGAUCUCAGAUGUUCGUGUUAGUCCGUAAAAUACUGUUUGUCGCUACAUCCGCCGCUGAGGGAUCAAGUGGCCCUCGCGCCGAGCCGAGGCGCCGCCACCCUCGGCCUCGCAGCGGCGGCCGCGUCGUGGCCGCCGCCUCCAAGACCUGAGCUUAACGUAGGCGCGUAGACCCCGCCGCCCGUCGAGGCAGGCGGGUAGUGUGGUCGUUUCAGUCAUUGUUCUUAGGUUCGCUUUCCUCGGUGUCCCGAGUGUUGAGCGAGGGGAGGGAAGGAGGGAGGGAGGGUAGGGGGGUGGACGACCGACCGCAGAAAAAGCGGCGCCAUUCAUUUGGGGUAAAUCUGUGUUGUGCCAACCCUGACGGUCCGUGUGACGCUUCUCGCUGAAACACUCCGGAAAGACACGAUGGCGACAAUAACUAGUGUGUGUUGUGGCCCGGGUACGGAGGCGCUCCAUUGCCCGGGCAAGUAGGAGUGAGGUGGGCCCCACGGGCACUCUUAGGGUGCUGCCCUGCGAGUUCCUUGGCGUCAACAGCUUUUUUUUAAUUGUUUUUUAUCAUGUGAUGAAACUAUACUUAGGUACACGCCGGGGGCGCGGCUGCUAGACUGCUGGGCAGAGCAGCUGCGGGUGGCUGUUCCAAGCUAAUCAGUUGUUAAGGUUAUGGUGUAAUAUGUACAGCUGGGGUGGUGGGGAGCUGGAAUUGGAGAGACGCACACAUAGAGUCUGAAAACAAUGAUAUCCAGUUUGAGGCGCCAUGGACGUGAACGUGCGCGGUUGAAGCGUGCCCGGCAGGUGUUUGGGGGGAGGGUUCAGAGAUGUGUCGACACGCAGGUAACAGUAUACAGUUCACGUCCUGGCGUCGCGGGAAGGUCGUGUGUGUGUGUGUGUGUGUGUGUGUGUGUGUGUGUGUGUGUGUG